AUGCAACAUAACUCGAAGAAAAGCCCUGGAAUUCUAGAUUCCAUGAUAUCGUUGAUAAGUGGGGAGCCUCUUUCACUUAAAAUUCAUACACCAAGUAAAGGGGAACUUCGCGCUGUCACGGAAGACGGCAGUUUCGGGGUUACACAACCAUCGGAGUUAUUCUCAAAAAUAUUUGUGAAUAUCAAAAAAUCUGGAGACCACGAUUCGUCUAGUUGCGCACCGAAGUCAAUAGUUGGGGCUCUCGGAAGAGUCCCUUUGACUAUUAUUUCAACUGUCCCAGAUAUUGCAGACCACUACUACAACUUGAUCGUUGAAGCCAAAUUUGAAAUCCUGAUAUUCUCAAAUUUCUGGAAAAACUCGUAUGCCGCCAAAAGAAUAGGAGAGGGCUUGAAGGUUCUUUCAGAAAGAAUUGGACAAAAUAACAGACCCCCUGUAAUAGUGAGAAUUAUGUUCGACAGGGGUAGCGUGAGACAUGUAUUCCAGUCCCGAGUCGCAGUCGCAGAAGCCGAAUGGGUUACUCUUGGUCUACCUUCGACUAAAGAUGCACCCUACGUCGAUCUUGAAGUUCUAAAUUACCAUAACCUCCCCAUUGGGACAUUUCACUCCAAAUUCAUGGUGAUUGACAAAAGAAUUGCAGUACUCAACAGUUGCAACAUUCAAGAUAAUUCUAAUCUAGAAAUGAUGUGCCAAUUUGAGGGUUCAGUGGUAGAUGAGAUAUGGGAUCAUGCCGUCUCGACGUGGGGAUUGUCCAUAAGUUCCAAAGAUUCCUUUGAGAAUGGGAGCAGAAGCAAUUCCUUUCCAGGUCUUGAUGCUCUAGCAGCGUCCACUAUGCGUCCUAGCUUAUUUAACGACCCGCCAUCCAAACGAAUAAUCAAAGAUAUAACUCAAGUCUUAAAUAGAUCAGUUUCAAGUCCGCUGCAAACAGAGGCAAUAAACGAUGAUACCUUAAACGUUCCGUUCCGCUCACAUUUACGAUUAAACACAAGCGAUAUUGCAAUGGUUCUUGCUCCAAGAGCUCCAUACCCCAGUUUUGGAAACGUUUCCCUAAACACACCACAAAAUGUCGCCUGGUUAUCAGCGAUAUACUUUGCAAAAUCCAAGGUUUUCAUUCAAACACCAGAUCUCAACGCGGCGCCAGUAAUCACUGCUCUACUAGAAGCCGUAAAGCGAGGUGUUGAGGUUAGUAUUGUGCUUUGUUUAGGAUAUAACGAUCUAGGUGAAAUGUUACCAACUCAAGGUGGUCAUAACGAGUGGGUUGUUGGGCAUAUGAUAAAACAAUUAAACAAAGAAGAGAGAAUGAGGUUUAAGAUAUAUUGGUACGUUGGAAGGGAUAUGAUGAAGCCGGUUCAUGCAGCGAAGCAUUUUAGGACUUGUCAUAUUAAACUUAUGAUCGUGGAUGAAAGAAUCGGGAUACAGGGGUCCGGGAAUCAAGAUACUCAAAGUUGGUUUCAUAGCCAAGAGAUCAAUAUCGUUAUUGAUAGCGAGGAAGUUUGCAAGCAAUGGAUGGAGCAGUUAGUUGCAAACCAGAAUAGUUUGUUGUAUGGUCAGGGCACUGAGGUAGAUGGCAUCUGGAGAGAUCCUCAAGGAAACCAAGUAUCAGGUUAUUGGUUUUAA